GAGCACACCUUCAGAUGGAGAUGAAGUAGCAGCGACAGUCGACCGACAGAGAAACAGCAGUGUCUGUACCGCGGAUCUGACUGGAGGUUUGCUUCGGGGGGAUACAGAGACAGGUGACAGAGCAAACCGAGCAGCGAGCCUCAUCCGCCGACUGACUUCCCCCCCUCCCUGCCUGCUACACCUCCCGCAGAUCCCCCACAAUACAUGCAUUUCGAUACUACAUGCCUUUGAAUCUGAUCGGCUAAAGCCCGGUGCAUCAAGAUGGAAAAUUCGCACACUAAAUCGGCGACUGAAGUUUUGGCCAACUUCGGUGUGAACGAGAACACUGGGCUGACUCUGGAGCAGGUCAAAGUCAGUUUGGAGAAAUAUGGACCGAACGAGCUCCCAGCUGAAGAAGGCAAGUCCUUGUGGGAGUUGGUGGUGGAGCAAUUUGAAGACCUCCUGGUCAGGAUCCUGCUGCUGGCUGCCUGCGUCUCCUUUGUGUUGGCUCUGUUUGAAGAAGGAGAGGAGACAACCACCGCCUUUGUCGAGCCCGUCGUUAUUCUUCUUAUCCUCAUUGCCAACGCUGUUAUUGGGGUCUGGCAGGAGCGCAACGCCGAGAGCGCCAUCGAGGCCCUGAAAGAAUAUGAACCAGAGAUGGGGAAAGUCUACCGCAUGAACCGCAAGACCGUGCAGAGGAUCAAAGCCAGAGACAUCGUCCCGGGAGACAUAGUGGAGGUGGCAGUUGGUGACAAGGUGCCCGCUGACAUCAGAGUGACCUCUAUAAAGUCCACCACCCUGCGAGUGGAUCAGUCCAUUCUCACAGGGGAGUCAGUGUCUGUUAUCAAACACACUGACCCUGUUCCUGACCCCAGAGCUGUCAACCAGGACAAAAAGAACAUGCUGUUUUCCGGCACCAACAUUGCUUCAGGUCGUGCCAUAGGCGUUGUCAUCGCUACCGGUGUCAACACCGAGAUCGGCAAGAUCCGAAACCAGAUGGCGGCCACAGAGCAAGAGAAGACGCCACUGCAGCAGAAGCUGGACGAGUUUGGACAGCAGCUCUCCAAGGUCAUCUCGCUGGUGUGUGUCGCGGUGUGGGUCAUCAACAUCGGCCACUUUGGAGACCCCGUCCACGGCGGCUCCUGGGUCAGAGGGGCUAUUUACUACUUUAAGAUUGCCGUGGCUCUGGCUGUGGCCGCCAUCCCCGAGGGCCUGCCCGCUGUCAUCACCACCUGCCUGGCUCUCGGCACACGUCGCAUGGCCAAGAAGAACGCCAUUGUUCGCAGCCUGCCCUCCGUGGAGACCCUCGGCUGCACCUCAGUCAUCUGCUCUGAUAAGACGGGCACUCUCACCACCAACCAGAUGUCUGUGUGCAGAAUGUUCGUCAUAGACAAGGUCCAAGAUUCAAACUGCACACUUCACGAGUUCUCCAUAACUGGAUCAACGUAUGCCCCCGAGGGACAAAUCCUGAAAGGAGACAGGCCCGUCCAAUGUGGAGACUAUGACGGUCUUUUGGAGUUGGCCACUGUGUGCUCCAUGUGCAAUGACUCCUCAUUGGACUACAAUGAGGCCAAAGGUGUUUACGAGAAGGUGGGCGAGGCCACAGAGACCGCUCUCACCACCUUGGUGGAGAAGAUGAACGUCUUCAAGAGUGACCUGUCCGGUCUCAGCAAAGUGGAGCGCGCCGGGGCCUGCAACUCGGUGAUCAGACAAUUGAUGAAGAAGGAGUUCACGCUGGAGUUUUCUCGAGACCGCAAGUCAAUGUCCGUCUACUGCACGCCAGUCAAGCCGGGCUCCCAGAGCAAGAUGUUCAUCAAGGGAGCUCCAGAGAGUGUCAUCGAGAGGUGUAUGUACCUGCGGGUGGGAAAUGGAAAGGUGGCGCUUACUACAGCCCUGCGUGAGCAGCUGUUGUCAAAGAUCAGGGAAUGGGGAACGGGCAGAGACACUCUGCGCUGCCUGGCUCUGGCGACUCAUGACACACCGCCACGCAAGGCCGACAUGGAUUUGGAGAAUUCCAGCAAGUUUAUGGAAUAUGAGUUGGGCCUCACCUUCGUCGGCUGCGUGGGAAUGCUCGACCCACCCAGGAAGGAGGUGAUCGGCUCCAUCAAACUGUGCAACGAGGCAGGUAUUCGCGUGAUCAUGAUCACAGGAGACAACAAGGGCACAGCCGUGGCCAUCUGCAGGCGAAUCGGUAUCUUCGGAGAGGAGGAGGAGGUGACGGGAAAGGCCUACACGGGCCGCGAGUUUGACGACCUCCCGGCGGACGAGCAGAGGGACGCCGUCAAGCGGGCCCGCUGCUUUGCCCGCGUCGAGCCGGCUCACAAGUCUAAGAUCGUCGGGUACCUGCAGUCAUUCGACGAGAUUACUGCGAUGACAGGAGACGGUGUAAAUGAUGCUCCAGCCCUGAAGAAAGCAGAGAUUGGUAUUGCUAUGGGCUCCGGGACUGCUGUAGCCAAGUCGGCCUCUGAGAUGGUUCUGUCUGAUGAUAACUUCUCCACCAUCGUGGCCGCAGUGGAGGAGGGCAGAGCCAUCUACAACAACAUGAAGCAGUUCAUCCGAUACCUCAUCUCCUCUAACGUGGGGGAAGUCGUCUGCAUCUUCCUUACAGCCAUACUUGGUCUGCCUGAGGCUUUGAUUCCAGUGCAGCUGCUAUGGGUUAACCUGGUGACUGAUGGUCUGCCUGCUACUGCCCUGGGAUUUAACCCCCCAGACCUGGACAUCAUGGACAAACCUCCCCGCAACCCAAAGGAGCCUCUCAUCUCUGGCUGGCUCUUCUUCAGAUAUGUGGCUAUUGGAGGAUAUGUGGGUCUUGGAACAGUAAGUGCUGCCACAUGGUGGUACCUGUUUGACGAGGAAGGCCCACAAGUGUCUUUCUAUCAGCUGAGUCAUUUCAUGCAGUGUACUGAGGACAAUCCCCUGUUCAAAGACCUGGACUGUGAGGUGUUUGAAUCCCGCUAUCCCACAACCAUGGCUCUGUCCGUGCUGGUCACUAUUGAGAUGUUCAAUGCGCUCAACAGUUUGUCGGAGAACCAGUCCCUGCUCAGGAUGCCUCCCUGGGUCAAUAUCUGGCUGCUGGGAGCCAUCAUCCUCUCCCUCUCCCUCCACUUCUUAAUCCUCUAUGUUGAGCCUCUGCCGCUGAUUUUCCAGGUGACCCCUCUGCACUGGUCUCAGUGGAUUGUGGUCUUGAAGAUUUCCAUCCCAGUCAUCCUCCUGGAUGAGGCUCUGAAAUAUAUCUCCAGGAAUCAUCUGGAAGUUGAUGAUGAGAGCAAAUAUCGGAGGAGAUGGCUACAGAACUAAGACCUCUCGCUCUACACACGCACACAGUUAGACACACAUCUACCCUCUCCCCUUUUCUUUUUUGUUGAGCUAAGAGCCUUCCCUCUCUCCCCCUGUCCUCAUUCCCCCACUCCUGCAUGUCCAACAAACCACCACUAGAAAUGAGCAGGGUUUGCAUGACAAUGAGUGUGUGUCUCUGCGCGCAUGGCUUGGUACAAGUGUGUGAGUAGAUGAACACGGUGUGUGUGUGUGCGUGUGUGUGUGCCUGAGAAGGGGCCAAUGCAGGAAUGUCUUUAAAGAGAGCAAGACACAAGUGCAAAAAAAGAGAUAAAUAUGGCUCUGCUUUUUAAAGAUUUCUGCUUUUUUUUUUUUUUUUUCUUUCUUUCCUUGUUUUUUUUUGACUGUACAGUACAAAUAUAGUGGUGCAGUAACUGGACUGUGGGGAGGAAAGGAGACAGAGGACAGGGCAAUGUGGUAUGAUAAUAUUGUGUGGGAGGGAAGAGGGUUUGAAAUCCACACUGAGACUGAAAGAGAGGUUUGAGAGGGGACAGGUUGUACACAUUGGCAAAUGAAGAGCAUCAGCGAGAAUGUGGGAAGUGGAAAAGAAGCGGCUCUCGAGGCGGUGGGAAUGUGUGCGAGACCGGCGUGGAGAGCCUCUGUACCUGUGUGUGUGUGUGUGUGUGUGUGUGUGUGUCCGUCCACAAGAGCAUUAUCUCGAAGUAUACUGACCGGACUUCUUCCACACUCACACACACACUCUGCUGCUGCUGGAUUCCAGUCAGCUCUGCAGGAGCAUGGCACGUCAUCAGCACAACUUAGUUGUUCCUCUGGCCGUUUUUUCUUUCUUCCACUGCUGCUCCUUUGUCGCCACUUUCACCACAUAAAAAAGUCCUGUUGAUUGUAUUUUAUGCGGCGUUACUCUUCCUGGUUUUUUUUUUGGCUCUUUCUCUCCAUCUCUCUUUCUUUGCUCUCUGUUGUGGAGGCAGCUGUGCCCCCCGUCCCGGUAGGUUGUAGUGUUUUUCUGCCCUCUUGAUUUGGGGGUGUGGAGAUGUCGCUCCCCCACAUAAAGGUGUGAAUAGCUUUAUGCUGCUUGGCCGCUUCUUUUAGGCUCUUAAUUUUGGAGGAGCUGAGGUCCGCGCACAGACUUCCCAAAAAACAAAAACACAGAAAAACUGCAAACAAACCAGCAUAUUACAGCAUAGUGUAGUCGUCAGCCAGUUCUGUUUAACCUCACUUUAAUGUCCAUCUGCUGUGCUCUCAUUUUUUAGUUUAAUUAAAGGCUGAUUUCUAUUCUGUGCCGACGAAAAAACAGCUCAUCCUUAAUUUCAAACCCGUCAUUCGAACCUUGCACCAGUACUGACACCUGCACGCUUCGUCCACGCAGAACUGAAUCCCAUGGUAGAUGUAGUAGAAUUAAUGAAUGAAAAAGUCGCACUUACUCAUGAACCGUUUAUACACUCGUCCAUGCCUUAUACAGCCCACUGUACCGCCACAUCUAAUGUGUGUGGUCCAAAUGAAUGUGUUUUAAGCUGUAGCCUUUAAUGACAUUAUUUACCCACUGCCACCACCACUCUCGCUCCUGCACACAUGCCCAGACAGCGAUCACAGUCUCCGAAUGUCCGGCCCGAGGCCAAAAGGCUUGUUUGAUAAAGUUGUGCUUCUGUUGUGCGCUGCUCCCUCAGCUCCUCCUGCUCUUUCAGUGCUUCAGCGCGACUCGACGUGGGUAUUGUUUCGUAAUAAAUAAAUAAUAAUGUAUUUGACUGAAUGAACCCGCAGGGGUGUGGAUUGUGUCUUUAAGUCUUAAUUAGGGGUUUUGUGCUGGGCCCUGGUGCUCUGUGGACUGGGUCAGAGGGGGCUUUGGUCUCUCGUCACCUCCAUACAGGAGAGGAGUUUUAAAAAAGAAAUUCACAAAGGUGCUGCAUCAGGACAUUGUGUCGUCUGCAACUAUUUUGAUCACAAAUGCAAACAUAGGCAACCAUUUCAAUAAACAAUGGAUGAUUUUUCAAACAUUAACCUUGAUGAUAUAAAUGAUAAUGACAUUGUUACAAGAUAUAAAACCAUUGGCAUUUAUCAAUAUUUUCCAAUGAUUUAUGAUCCGAGGGAUGGGGUGAGAUCAUAGAAUCGGAUUAAAAUGAUCAUUUGUGGCAGCCUUGCUCUCCUGCAGCUGUUGCCUCCUGUAAAUCUGUGAAUUUACUGUCAAUCAAAUCAAACUAUGAGUUAUUACAACACAGCUACAGAGCAACAUAAGUCGUGGUGUAGAACCGGAAGACAAAUCCAUUCUACAAACCUUCACCGGUAAAUAAAUAUAUGCUGUUACUGCACCGAAUGUUGGGCCAUCAUUGCACUUUGGUGCUUGGCGAUGUGUUUCCCUCUUACAUCAGGGGGAGCACUAGCCAAACCUAAAUGGCAUGACAUCAUUUCCAGAUAUUUCCUGUACCACAUUCAAUAACAGCACCAGAAACCAGUAGUCUAAUUCAGGCAGACUUUGAACGUCAAAAAAUGACCCCAAAAUAAUGCCUGCAGUGUGGAAUAUUCCUUUAAUUCCAUCCUGGAACCUGGCUUGUAAUUAUAUGGACAUAAACAGCCUACUUGCUCAGUGAUUUCUCAGUGAGUUCUAUAUUCAGAUUUAGUUUCCACCUCCGUGACAGUCAGUCAGGCACCUCUGCCCCGGCCAGCAGACCACCUGUCCCCCUCCAUGGCUCUGUAACAUUCAGGCACUCUAGGUCUGUAUAGCCUUGGUAUUUACUACUGAAUCCUCAACUCUGUACAGAAGAGGAGAAUAUGACCGCAUGGAACCCUGUUACUGUAAUAAUAGCCUAUACAGUAUGUAAUAUUUAAUUUUUGAUAAAUUACAUCCAUGAAAUCAACCUGCCAACAACAGUCAGACUUCCGAAAACCUUUUCCCUUCUUCUUCUUCUUCUUUUGAGCACUUUCUCUAUUUGUUUUUGUUUUUUUGUAGAAUACUAAGGUUGUUUCUUCGUUGUUUCCAUUUGGUUUUUACACUUACUGGGGUUUUGUGUCUUUUACUGUAGGGAUAAAGAAUAUGACGUUAUCAUGAUAAAGAUAGAUAAGAAUCAUGCUUACGCUAAUCACUGAGGUCGAUGGGCGCUGAUCAUUUCAGUGUGAGGAUGUUCGAGGGUUUUGUGUUUGAGCUGUGUCUGGUUUACACUGAGCGAUAAGCAGUGAUGAAUCCUGGCUUAUGAAGUUCUCUGACUGUACUUUGAAGGGCUUGGUGUGGAUGCAGGCUCUGGAGACCACAGUCGGCUACAAACUCUACAAAGCGGUAACCUCCCUCACCGACGGUGAAGGAUUGAUCAGCUUUAUAUCAGUAACAUUUGACCAGUAGUUCCCCUUUUGUCUUUGUCUGUGUAGACAAGUAAACAGUCUCUAGAGCCUGAGUUCCACCUCUGAGAAAUUAAAAUGAUUCUCUGUAUUUGCCUUGUUAAUAUUAAUUGUGGACACAUAAUUUUAUAAAUGACAGAUGUGGAAAUAAAGAUUAUUUAUCUUGUUAUUUA